AUGCAAGCACUACUCCGCGUAGGAAGAGGCCGCGUGCCGCUGCGUACGUCGCCUAUUCUCCACUUGGCGCGUCGUAAUUUUGCAUCUAUGGGUCAACCACAGACGUGGAUCAAUCCACAGAACGUGCCACAGGGAGAGAGUUUGAAGAAGUACGGCCGGGAUCUCACAGAAAUCGCUAAAGCUGGUAAUCUUGACCCAGUGAUCGGACGAGAAGAUUCAAUUCGUCGUGCGACCCAAAUAUUGUCUCGUCGUACCAAAAACAAUCCAAUUUUGAUUGGAGAGCCAGGGGUAGGCAAAACGGCUGUAGCAGAAGGUCUUGCACAGCGUAUUGCCUUGGGAGAAGUGCCGAAUAGUUUAAAAGACAAGAAAGUUGUAGCAUUAGACUUGGCGGCACUUGUUGCCGGAGCCAAGUUUCGAGGCGAGUUUGAAGAACGACUGAAAGCUGUGUUACACGAUGUGGACCAGAGUGAUGGUAACGUCAUUCUAUUCAUCGAUGAGCUACAUACGCUUGUGGGUGCGGGAGGUAACGAAGGAUCGACAGAUGCAGCUAAUAUGCUGAAACCAGCACUUGCAAGAGGUGCGCUGCAUUGUAUGGGUGCGACAACUUUGGACGAGUACAGGAAGUAUAUUGAAAAGGAUGCUGCUUUAGCUAGACGAUUUCAGCCUGUUUUGAUCUCGGAACCUGGUGUGGAAGACACUGUGACCAUUUUACGUGGUUUAAAGGAGAAAUACGAAGUACAUCAUGGUGUACGAAUCGCUGACAGUGCCCUCGUGGCAGCAGCGACACUUGCAAAUCGAUUUUUGACGGAAAGAAAGAUGCCGGAUAAAGCUAUUGACUUGAUGGAUGAAGCGGCGUCAAGACUUCGAUUGCAACAAGAGAGCAAACCAGAACCAAUUGAAAAACUGGAUCGAGAGAUUAUUUUAAGACGAAUUGAGAUUGAAGCAUUGCGAAAGGAGACUGAUGCAGCGUCAAAGAAGCGCAUGGCAGCGCUGGAAGAAGAAGUAAAAAAAGCAUCAAAAGAACUCAGUGAAUUGAUGGACGAGUGGAAUGCAGAAAAGUUAAAGCUUGAAGAUAUGCAGCAAGCGAAACGCAAACUAGAAGAAGCGCGUCGGGACCUGAUUGCUGCGCAUAAUGCCGGAAAUUACGCACGUGCGGGGGAGUUAAUGCAUUCGGUCAUUCCGAAGUUAGAAGCGAUAGUUGCACAUGACGAACAAGAAGAAGAGGAAAGCAAAACGACUGGAAAAACUAGUCGCACGUCGCUCGGGGAUGCCGUGACGGCUGAUCAUGUGGCUGAGGUCGUGGCGCAGACGACAGGAAUCCCAGCUUCAACACUAAUGGAAGGUGAAAAGCAGCGACUAUUAAAAAUGGAGAGCCAUUUAAACCAGUGCGUAGUAGGCCAGGAAGAAGCAGUAAUUGCAGUUAGCAACUGCAUUCGUCUUGCGCGUGCUGGGUUGCAUGCGCACAAUCGACCGUUAGGAGUUUUUAUGUUCUUGGGUCCAACUGGCGUUGGAAAGACGGAACUCACCAAGUCGUUGUCAGAAUUCCUUUUCCAGACACCCCACGCGCUGACUCGCAUUGAUAUGUCCGAGUACAUGGAGAAAUUUAAUGUGAGUCGGCUAGUCGGUGCAGCUCCAGGGUACAUCGGCUUUGAGGAAGGAGGUCAACUAACCGAGGCCGUGCGUCGUCGUCCGUAUCAAGUGGUUUUAUUUGAUGAGUUUGAAAAAGCACACCACGAUGUAAGCAACAUUUUGCUGCAAGUCCUUGACGAAGGUCGGUUAACAGACUCUCAAGGCCGCCUUGUUGAUUUCCGCAAUACGGUGAUUAUUUUGACAAGCAAUCUUGGCUCGGAGAUUCUUGCGGGGCUGCCUGAAGGUGCACCAAGUGACAUGGCUGAAGCCGACGUUUUGAACGUUGUGCGCUCUCACUACUCCCCAGAGUUUCUCAAUCGUAUCGACGAACUUGUACUUUUCAACCGGCUCAAACGAGAGAACAUUCGUUCGAUUGCUGACUUACAGCUGCGGCAAGUUGAUCAAUUGCUAGAAGAAAAAGAUCUUUCGAUGAAGAUCGAUUUAGAUGCGAAGAAUUGGUUGGCAGAUGCUGGCUACAGUCCUCAAUACGGUGCUCGCCCUUUAAAACGUCUGAUUCAGCAAUAUCUUUUAAAUCCAAUGGCAGUGAAAUUGCUGGAAGGCGCUGCGGCACCUGGCCAAGUGUUGCAUGUCAAGGCAAAUCCAAUGUACGACGAAGAAGUUUUAAAAGAUCCUAAAACUGCUCGACCGCUGCUCAUUACUGUGGAGUAA